AUGAACUCUAAGAUCGCUGCUACUUUAUUAGCCAUUACUUCUGUUGCCUAUGCUCAAACUGCUUACCAAGCUGCUGAAGCUGAAGCUUUAAUCAAUGAUUUGGGCAGUAACGUUUCUGAAUACAUGGCUUUAAUCAGCUCUGGUGAACUUUCCAUGUCUGACUUGCCAUCUGGUGUCUUAAACUUAGCUAUGGCUAUUAUGUCCGCUACCGACAGUUCUUACACCACUUUAUUAGCUGAUGUUGACUACGCUGGUGUUGACUCUAUGAUCACCAAGUUAUCCUGGUACUCUUCCAGAUUAUUACCAGAAAUUGAAUCUAUCUACUCUGCUGAAGGUGGUGCUUCUUCUGCCGCUGCUACUUCUGCCGCUGCCUCUUCUGCCGCUACCUCUUCUGCCGCUGCUUCUUCUGCUGCUGCUUCUUCUACCAAGGCUACUACUGCUACUACUGUCGCUGCUGUCUCUCAAAUUGAUGAUGGUCAAAUUCAGGCUAGUACCGCUGCCGUCAGUGAGCAAACUGCUAACGGUGCUGUUAAGGCUGCCGCCGGCAUGGGUGCUGGUGCUUUAGCCGCUGCUGCUUUAUUAUUAUAA